AUGUGCAUAAACCCAACUUUAACCCUAAUGCAUAAGGCUAAGAUCAGGAUGAUGGAGAAUCAGGCAGAGAAAAACAGUCGUGGGACGAUCUGCCUCAAGUACAUCCUGGUUCUGUUCAAUGUGGUUUUCCUGGUCUCUGGAGGAGUCUUGUUGGCUGUGGGAGUCUGGGCCCUGGUGGAGAAGAGCGACCUCAUCUCUUUACUCGACUCCAGCUUCUUCUUCACCCUGGCCUUCGCCUUCAUCGCCGCCGGAGCCAUCGUCAUCGUCACUGGAACGAUCGGCUGCUGCGCCAGCCUCAAAGAGAUCAAAAGCCUUCUGGUGGUGUUCGUGGUUCUGUUGUUGUGCAUUUUUCUUCUGGAGAUUAUCGCUGGAACUUUGGCUUUUAUCAACUACAAAGAGUGUUUUCCUUUCUGCCUCCAGUCCAACGAGGAGCUGCAGCAGAACCUCAAACAGAACAUGCAGCAGAAGUAUCAGCAGGAGGAGACUGUGACCAGGGCUGUGGACCGGCUGCAGCAGGAGUUCCGGUGCUGUGGCAGUAACAGUUCAGAGGACUGGGCCGACAGCCUCUGGAUCCAGGACCAAAACAACAAACGUCUGGUUCCUGACAGCUGCUGUAAGACUCCUGCUGAUCUGUGUGGACUGAGAGACCAUCCAAGCAACAUCUACAGACUGGAGGGCGGGUGUGUACACAGACUGGAGCAGUUUCUUCUGUGGCAGCUGCAGGUUCUGGGGACUCUGGGCGUCGCCAUCGCGUCUCUGCAGCUGUUGGGGAUGCUGCUCGCCUGCUGCUUACACAGGAAUCUGACAGAGGACACAAACUGA